GCUCGCAAGACGGCCGCCGCCGCCGCCACAGCCGACGAAGACAUGGACGACGAGCGCAGCAAAGUUGAGCUCAUCAGAGGCUCGCCGCUGGACGUCGGGAAUCUGGAUGAGAUCAUCGAUGAUAACCACGUGAUUGUGUCCACCAUUCACGGCGCCCCUUACUAUGUGUCGAUCAUGUCGUUCGUGGAUAAGGACCAGUUGGAGCCCAACUCGACGGUACUUCUGCACCACCGCCAGCAUCACGUGGUGGGAGUGAUGGACGACGACGUGGAUCCGAUGGUGAAUGUGAUGAAACUGGACAAAGCGCCCAAAGAGACGUACGCCGACGUCGGCGGUCUCGACCAACAGAUCCAAGAGAUCAAAGAGUCGGUAGAGUUGCCGCUAACGCAUCCCGAGUACUACGAAGAGAUGGGUAUUCGCCCCCCGAAGGGGAUCAUACUGUACGGCCCGCCCGGCACUGGGAAGACACUGUUGGCCAAAGCGGUGGCCAAUCAGACGUCGGCCACGUUCUUGCGUGUGGUGGGCUCUGAGCUGAUCCAGAAGUAUUUGGGCGAAGGACCCAAACUGGUGCGGCAGCUGUUCCGCGUGGCCGAAGAGUACGCGCCCACCAUUGUGUUCAUCGACGAGAUCGACGCCGUCGGCACCAAGAGAUACGACUCGAACUCUGGCGGCGAGCGUGAGAUCCAGCGAACAAUGCUGGAGCUGUUGAACCAAUUGGACGGCUUUGACUCGCGCGGCGACGUGAAGGUGAUUAUGGCGACCAAUCGGAUCGAUUCGCUCGACCCGGCGCUCAUACGGCCCGGACGUAUAGACCGUAAGAUCGAGUUCCCGCUGCCGGACGAGCCGACAAAGCGGCGCAUAUUCGGCAUUCACACCAAACGCAUGUCUUUGGCCGCAGACGUCAACUUCGAUGAACUGAUUGCGGCGAAGGACGACCUGAGCGGCGCCGACAUCAAAGCCAUGUCCAAUUGGUUCAACAGCUCCAGCAUU